CGACCUGAGUACCAACCAACUGUCUGGUCCCAUCCCCAAGGAGAUUGGUUCCAUGACUGCCCUCAACAAACUGGACUUUUCAUACAACCAGCUUGAAAGCAUCCCUUCAACUCUGAGUGGACUCAGCAUACUGUCUCACAUGUACCUCUCUUACAACGAGCUCUCUGGACCCAUCCCUGACACCAUCGGCUCCCUCACCAGCCUUACAACUCUGGGGCUUCGUUCCAACAAACUCUCAGGCGUCAUCCCUCCCUCCAUUGGCUUGCUGAAAAAUAUCAAUGUCCUCGAUCUAAGCUACAACCAACUGUCUGGUCCCAUCCCAACGGAAAUUGGUUCCAUGGUCGCCCUCAUCAAACUUGAUCUUUCGGACAACCAGCUUUCGGGCAACAUCCCUGCAGCCAUUGGAGCACUCAUUCAAAUGAAAUUCCUCGAUCUUUCGGACAACAAGCUUUCAGGCAACAUCCCUACAACGUUGGAAGCACUCAUCCAAAUGGAAUAUCUGGAACUUUCAGCCAACCAGCUUUCAGACAUGCCUUCCACUUUGUUUGCACUCAGCCGAAUGUCCUACAU